UUCACAGCAGCGUUCAAGCGAAACCUCUAAUCAUUUACUUGUUUAUAGAAAAUGUCACCACGUGUGAACAUGAAUUGUGUUUUUGGAGGGAAAACAUUUAUUUCCAUCGUUAUUUUACUGGGUUAUGUUACUAUUGUUAGAGGAAAAACAAAGCAUGAUAGUGGACACUUAAGUGAGCGUUUAAUUAAUGAUCUGUAUCAGAAAUAUAAAGAAGCUGUGUCUAAUGAUGCGGACAUUGUUAUACUAAGACGUCUAUUUGAUCAUAAUCGUCUAUUCGAAAUCCAUAUAAAAAAGUUGAAAGAAGUAAAUGGGUUAAAACAGCACAACCUUAUGAUCAAAGGGAAUCCCAGAUCCGGUAACAACCCAUUUAUUUAUAUAAAUAAUCCAGUAGAAUCGAAACUACCCAACGCGUAUUUAACGUUGGAAGAAUUUAAAGAAGCGCUUACGAAAAGAGUGGAAAAACAAAGAGAAAAACUCACGACAAAAGCGAGGCGGAUAGAGUAUCUCGAUGUGGAUAAAAUGAAAAGAGCUUACACUAAAAAAGUACCACGAACAACUUAUGAAGACUCUUUACAAACACUUCUCUAUGAUAAAGGAAAUGAUAUUGACAAAUUCCUGAAAAGUUUAUACAGCGCUCCCGAAAAGGACAUUAUGUUAAGAGCAUCUGAUACGAAAGUAACUAAAAAAUCGAAGAAAAAAACAUUGGUUACUACGGAAUCUUCUAUACUUACAUCUGAAGAUAAUUCUAACGCUAUUACUGAGACGGUAAAGGAUAGGAUCGAAGAUGCAUUACAAAUAGAGAUAAUAGAUGAAGCUACAACAAAUUCCGAUAAUACAAACCAGGAAAAAAGUACUAAGCCUGUGCCGUUAAAGAAUGAAGAAUUUAUAUAUUAUAGGCCGGCUGUUGAUGAUAUAGAUUCUACUGUAAGAACAUCCAUUGGUAUGGAGGCUGAAGUUACAACAACUUCUUUAGUAGAUUUUCCUCGUUCUGAAGUGAGAUCGAAUAGAGAAGCUGUACAACCAAAUAAUUAUAUGACGACGAAUUUAAAAGGGGCUCUUAAUAAAACUGACAAUGAUAUAAAUGAUCAAAUACCAAAGAUUUCUACAAGUAAUAAUCCCAAGACUAUCCAAGUAAAUGAAAAUGAAGAGAGAGACUCAACAACAGUUUUUCCUAAGCGUGAAACACCGAAACUACACAGGUACUAUCCUUGCCUUGAUGGGAGAAAUAUGAAGAUCAAGAUCAAGACUGGUGAUUAUCCUAUACCUCCGAUAGAAUCAGCUAGUAUUUCUGCGUGA